AUGAUUUCAAUUCAAACUAAAAAAUGCGGCUUUUUGCAUGUUUAUGUACAAGGUAAUCUUAGUGAUCGACAUGGCAAAACAGUCAUCAUGACUGUACAUGAUGUUGGCACGAACUACAAAAGUUUCGUCCGUUUUUGCAACCAUCCUUCAAUGGCUGAUGUCAAAGCAAAAUCAAUCUUUCUUCAUGUUUGUGUUCCUGGUCAAGAAGAUAAUGCUCCAGAUUUUGCCGGAGAUUUUCCCUCACUUGACCAGCUUGGUGAAGAUCUUGUAUGCGUACUUGACAAACUGGAUAUAAAAACAUGUACUGCAUUUGGCGAAGGUGCUGGUGCAAAUAUUAUUUGUCGUUUUGCUAUGUCGUCGCCUAAUCGCAUAAUUGGAAUUUGUCUAGUGCAUUGUACAUCAACUACUGCAGGGAUCAUUGAGUACUGUAAAGACAAGCUUAUAAAUAUGCGACUUGAGUCAGGUGUUAUGUCGCAAGGGGCGUGGGAUUAUCUGGCCAUGCAUAAAUUUGGAUCUCGGGAAAAGCAGGCAUAUAUUGAAGAACUGAAGAGUUGUUUGAAUCCAAGAAAUCUCAGCAAAUACCUCUAUAGUUUUUCAAAAAGAAGUGACAUAUCAUCGCUCAUUGGUACUAAAUUGGACAAUGUGGACGCAUUAUUGGUCACUGGUGCUCGUGCGUCUCAUUUGCAUACUGUUUACACAACGCAUAAGUCAAUGAAUAAACGAAAAACGACGCUUCUGGUUGUAGAUAACGUUAGCGAUGUGAUGGCUGAAGCGCCUGAAAAAUUGGCACGUUCACUCAUUUUAUUGUGCAAAGGUUGCGGCGUAUUAUCUGGAGUAGCCAUUCCUGGUAUGGAAAGACAGCGUACACUGAGCAGCUCAAUGGAAGAAGCGGAUCGUCCUCGUCGCUUCUCUCUUGCACAACCAACAGCGCCAAUUUUUCAAUAA